GUGUAAACAGCUCCUUAACCUAAGAUGUAGUCAAACUAUACCGAGCGAUCCGUUCCAUGUCUUUUCGCAAAUGCGGUAAACUGGAGAAGAGCGCGGACCAAUUCUCGGCGGGCCGAGUCCGCAAAAAGUUCCGAUUUGCCAUCUCCGCCCCCGAGAAUCGUCCACACUACCUCGCGCCUUUCAAGCCUUGACAGUAUAGCAAUGGCCAGUCUUUCGCGUGCUGCCUUUUCGGCACGUCUUCUCGCUGCCACGAGGCAGAAUGCCCUCCCGUGCCGCCACAUUCACUCCUCGCCCUUGAGGGCCGCCGUUGCGCACCCCAUCACGGCUCAUGGUCCGCCACCCAAGGCUCCUGCGCCUGCGCCCGAGUUUAUAGAGAAUGCAGAGACACACACGGCUACGGAGUCGACGACGACGGAGGGUCGAGAUUUGUCACAAUUCAAGAAGCCCUCCGUGUUGAAGAAGCGCUUCUGGAAGGAUGUUCACGUUCACGGAGAGCCCGGUGAAUACCAGGUCUUGCUGGACAAGCGUCCCGUACGGACACCCUCCAAGGAUAUCCUCUCGAUUCCCCCGACGAAGCCUCAACUCGCCCAUGCCAUCGCCCUUGAAUGGGAUGUCAUGACUUCCGCCCAGCAGGCACUCAAGAGCCAUUUGAUCCCCCUGACCUCUCUCGCUGCCCGCGCCGCCGAUAUUGCCCGCGAAGAUGCCCAGGGCGAACGCACCGUCCGCGACCAGAUCACCAACACCGCCAUGCGGUACCUGGACACCGACACGCUCCUGUGCUGGGAGCCCGAGCGUACGAACCGCGCGAUGGACCGGAUGGGCGAGGAAGAGAAGACCGAGAGUCUCCGCGAGAUUCAGAUGCGGGUCGCAAAGGACAUCAUGAGCUUCCUAUCUACAAAGGUCUGGCCGGGUCUGGAGAUUGUGCCCAUCCUCGACGCAGAGAGCAUCCUCCCCGUCUCCCAGCCGCGAGCGACCAAGGAGAGCAUCCGCACGUGGGUGUCCGAGUUGGAUGCUCAUGAUCUGGCGGGCUUGGAGCGAGGCAUCCUGGCGUCCAAGAGCUUGCUGGUCGCUGUGCGAUUGUUGGUGGAGUGGAGUGAGAACUUCCGGCACAUCCAGAAUCACUCGGCCAAGAAAUUCGGUCUCGAGGAGGCGACCGAGGCGGCCAACUUGGAGGUCAAGUGGCAGACGGAUAUGUGGGGCGAGGUUGAGGAUACUCACGAUGUGAACAAGGAGGACUUGCGGCGGCAGUUGGGCAGUGUGGUUGUGUUGGUGAGUGGUGAGAGAAGAUAAGAUGGGUAUAGUGGAUUGAGGCUGCUUUGUAUAAUAUUUACUGCUUCUAUGGGGUGUGUACUCGGUCCUUGGGUCUUCUCUUUGGGAGGUGGGAAGAUAACCUAGACAUCACUACUAUCUCCCUUUGUACAAUUAUUAGAGAAAUGACGAUUUCAAAUUCCGAUCAUCAAGAUCGACCAUGCAAAUCUGCAAG